GGAAAGCAGCCGCGGCGGGUUCACACGCAGCAUGGAGAGCCCGGAGUGGGGUAGCCGGGGCCGGGAUCGGGAUAGCGGGGAGCAGUGAGCCCACCACGAGGAGCGGCAUGUCCGGGCCCCGCCGGUGACACACAGACAUGGGGGCCGUGCUGAGGAGCCUGCUUGUGUGCAGCCUGUGCUGCCUACUGAGGGGAUCUCCAAUAUUGCUGUACGCGAAUCGCAAUGACCUGCGGCUUGUGGAUGCUGACGGAAUGAAGAACUCCACAGUGGUGGUCAGUGGGCAAGAGGAUGCUGCAGCUGUGGACUUUUUGUUUUCCCAGGGAUUAAUAUAUUGGAGUGACGUAAGUGAGGAAGCAAUCAAAAGGAUACAUUUUAAUAAAACUGGGAGCACACAGGAUGUUGUCAUCACUGGUCUGCUUUCGCCAGAUGGACUGGCUUGUGAUUGGUUAGGAGAGAAACUGUACUGGACAGACUCUGAAACAAAUCGGAUUGAGGUUUCUAAUCUGGAUGGAUCUUUACGGAAAGUAUUAUUCUGGCAAGAACUUGAUCAACCUCGAGCCAUAGCAUUGGAUCCUAUAAGAGGAUACAUGUAUUGGACUGAUUGGGGAGAGAUGCCAAAGAUUGAACGUGCUGGUAUGGAUGGAUCCUUGAGAUCUGUCAUUAUAGACAGUGACAUUUACUGGCCUAAUGGCCUGACGUUGGAUUACGAGGAGCAAACACUUUACUGGGCAGAUGCAAAACUUAGCUUCAUUCACAAGUGUAACCUGGAUGGAACAAAUAGGAGAAUGGUGAUAAAAGGUUCUCUUCCUCAUCCCUUUGCUUUGACAUUAUUUGGUGACACCAUUUACUGGACAGACUGGACAACUCACUCUAUUUUGGCCUGCAACAAGAACACAGGGGAGGAUCGACGAGAGGUUGACACAAACAUCUACUCCCCUAUGGACAUCCAUGUUUUUAGCCAGCAGCGACAGCCAAAUGCCACCAAUCCUUGUGCAACCCAAAAUGGCGGCUGUUCUCACUUGUGUCUCUUGUCUCCGGUGAAACCAUUCUAUCAGUGCGCUUGUCCGACUGGGGUCAGGCUUAUGGAGGAUGGGAAGACAUGCAUGCAAGGUGCUACGGAAUUAUUACUUCUUGCCAGACGGACAGACCUCAGACGUAUAUCACUAGACACCCCAGAUUUCACGGACAUUGUUUUGCCCUUGGAGGAUAUUCGUCACGCCAUUGCGAUUGACUAUGACCCAGUUGAAGGAUAUAUUUACUGGACCGAUGAUGAUGUUCGUGCCAUCCGCCGCACUCAGAUUGAUGGUUCUUCAAGUCAGUUUGUAGUUGUCUCUCAGGUGUCUCAUCCAGAUGGCAUUGCUGUGGACUGGGUGGCCCGAAACUUGUAUUGGACAGACACAGGAACAGACCGAAUUGAAGUAACACGGCUGAAUGGAACUAUGCGAAAGAUUCUCAUAUCGGAGAACCUUGAUGAACCAAGAGCUAUUGUACUUGAUCCUAUGAAUGGUUACAUGUACUGGACCGACUGGGGGGAGUUACCAAAAAUUGAGCGGGCUGCAAUGGAUGGUUCUGACAGGGUUGUUUUAGUUAACACUUCACUUGGAUGGCCCAAUGGACUGGCCCUGGAUUAUGAAGAAGGAAAGAUCUACUGGGGGGAUGCCAAGACUGACAAAAUAGAGGUGAUGUUCACAAAUGGUACAAACCGCAGGAUUCUAGUGGAAGACAAGUUGCCACACAUUUUUGGGUUUACACUGCUUGGAGAUUAUGUUUACUGGACAGACUGGCAGAGACGGAGCAUUGAGAGGGUAAACAAGCGCACUGCAGAACGAGAAGUCAUUAUAGAUCAAUUACCUGACUUGAUGGGUCUUAAAGCUACCAACAUACAAAAGAUACCAGGGACCAAUGCCUGUGCUGAUAAUAAUGGAGGUUGCAGCCACCUGUGUCUAUAUCGACCGCAAGGACCUCGUUGUGCUUGUCCAAUCGGGCUUGAGUUGAUAAAUGACAUGAAAACUUGCAUUGUCCCUGAGGCCUUCCUCCUGUUUUCUCGGAGGGCGGAUAUUCGGCGCAUAUCUCUGGAGACCAACAAUAAUAAUGUAGCUAUUCCUCUGACUGGUGUGAAGGAAGCUUCUGCCCUAGACUUUGAUGUGACAGACAACAGAAUCUAUUGGACAGACGUCAGUCUAAAGACCAUCAGUCGGGCUUUCAUGAAUGGAAGUUCACUAGAGCAUGUUAUACAGUUUGGCUUGGAUUAUCCAGAAGGGAUGGCAGUGGACUGGCUUGGAAAAAACCUGUAUUGGGCAGAUACUGGCACAAACCGUAUAGAGGUAUCAAAGUUGGAUGGGCAGCACCGGCAAAUCUUGGUGUGGAAAGAUCUAGACAGUCCUAGGGCGCUUGCUCUUGACCCAGUGGAAGGAUAUAUGUAUUGGACGGAAUGGGGUGGAAAGCCUAAAAUUGAACGAGCAGCCAUGGAUGGGACAGAGCGCCUCACUCUCGUGCCCAAUGUAGGAAGAGCAAAUGGACUCACUAUUGAUUAUGUGGAACGGAGACUGUACUGGACGGAUCUAGAUACUAAUCUCAUAGAGUCCUCUAACAUGCUGGGACGGGAGCGAGAUGUUAUUGCCGACGAUCUCCCUCACCCUUUCGGUCUGACUCAGUAUCAGGAUUACAUAUACUGGACAGACUGGAGCCGUAGGAGUAUUGAGCGUGCCAACAAGACCAGUGGGCAGAACCGUACCAUCAUCCAGGGUCAUCUUGAUUAUGUAAUGGACAUCCUAGUCUUUCACUCAUCUCGACAAGCUGGGUGGAAUGAGUGUGCCUCCAGCAAUGGACAGUGCUCUCACCUCUGUCUGGCAAUGCCCAUAAGCAGCUAUACCUGUGGCUGUCCUGUUCACUACUCUUUGAAUGCAGAUAACAAGACUUGCAUUGCUCCCAGUGCCUUCCUGCUGUUCAGCCAGAAAAGCGCUAUAAACCGCAUGGUAAUUGAUGAGCAGCAGAGUCCAGAUAUAAUCCUCCCAAUUCACAAUUUGCGCAGUGUCCGUGCUAUAGACUAUGAUCCAUUGGAAAAACAUCUGUAUUGGAUAGACUCUCGUCAGAAUAUACGCCGGGCACAGGAGGAUGGCAGCCAGAGUAUGACUGUGGUUGCCAACCCAAUGCCCAACCAGAAUAUGGACAUGCAGCCGUAUGACAUGAGCAUUGAUAUCUAUAGCCGCUUUAUCUACUGGACCUGUGAAGUCACAAAUGUCAUCAAUGUAACGCGUCUGGAUGGGAGGGCUAUUGGCAUUGUUCUUAAGGGCGAGCAAGACCGGCCAAGAGCUAUUAUUGUCAACCCAGAAAGAGGAUACAUGUACUUUACUAAUGUGCAAGAGCGUACAGCUAAAAUCGAGCGAGCUGCCCUUGAUGGAACAGAACGUGAGGUCCUCUUUUUCUCUGGACUAAGCAAGCCAAUUGCACUGGCAUUGGACAACAAGCUAGGAAAACUUUUCUGGGCAGAUUCAGACCUACGAAGGAUUGAAAGCAGUGAUCUGUCUGGUGCUAACCGUGUUGUGCUGGAGGAUUCAAACGUUCUUCAACCAGUUGGACUGACAGUCUUUGGGAACCACUUGUACUGGAUUGACAGACAACAGCAGAUGAUUGAACGUAUCGAUAAGACUGGGCUGGGGGGGCGCACCAAAAUCCAAGCCCGUAUCCAAGUCUUGACAGACAUACAUGCUGUGACAGAGCUGAGCAUGCAAGAGUACAAGGAACACCCAUGUUCUCAUGACAAUGGAGGCUGCUCCCAUAUCUGCAUUGUGAAAGGAGAUGGUACCACCCGCUGUUCAUGUCCUGUACACUUGGCCCUUUUGCAAGAUGAACUGUCAUGUGGAGAGCCUCCAACCUGCUCACCACAGCAAUUCACCUGCUUCACUGGGGAUGGAGACUGCAUUCCUGCAGAGUGGCGCUGUGAUGGAUUCAUAGAGUGUCUCGACAAUAGUGAUGAACAAAAUUGCCCUGUGUGCUCAGAUACCCAAUACCAAUGUACUAGUGGGCAAUGCAUAGACUCAUCCCUGCGUUGCAAUGGUGAUGUCAACUGCCAAGACAAGUCAGAUGAAAAGGGUUGCAAAGAAAUCUGCACUCCUGACCAGUUCCAUUGCUCUAACGGACAGUGUAUUGGGAAGCUCAAACGUUGUGACCAUAACCGAGAUUGUAGUGAUGGUUCAGAUGAGCUGUACUGCUACCCCACUGAGGAGCCACCCCCACCAUCAACCAACACAAUAGGCUCUAUCAUUGGUGUUAUCCUCACUGUUUUUGUGGUAGGGGGAGUUUACUUCAUCUGUCAACGAGUGCUGUGCCCACGUAUGAAGGGAGAUGGGGAGGCCAUAGCCAACGAUUAUGUGGUACACGGACCAGCCUCUGUUCAGCUUGCAUGCGUCCCCCAUCCCAGCUCACUUACAGGGUCUUUGCCAGGUAUGUCACGUGGAAAAUCUGUCAUCAGCUCACUCAGCAUUAUGGGUGGAAGCAGUGGGCCGCCGUAUGAUCGGGCUCAUGUGACCGGAGCUUCAUCCAGCAGCUCCUCCAGCACCAAAGGAACCUAUUUUCCCCCUAUCUUGAAUCCCCCUCCUUCUCCAGCCACAGAGCGCUCACAGUACACAAUGGAGUUUGGGUAUUCUUCAAACAGUCCAUCCACACACAGGUCUUACAGGUACAGGCCGUACAGCUACAGACAUUUCGCACCUCCCACUACUCCCUGCAGCACAGACGUGUGCGACAGCGAUUACACACCCAGCCACCGCCUCACCUUGCCCACUGCAAAAGGCUACACAAGUGAUCUCUAUGACUCUGAGCCUGGGCCACCACCUCCAACUCCACGCAGCCAGUAUCUGUCUGCAGAAGAGAAUUAUGACAGCUGCCCCCCAUCCCCUUACACAGAACGCAGCUAUUCUCAUCACCUGUACCCUCCACCUCCGUCUCCCUGCACAGACUCUUCCUGAAACCUCAGUCUGUAAAUACGUUGCCCACCAUGUGGAGAGGAGAGACCUCAGAACCACCCUCCUAAUUCAUGUACAGUUUUCAGACCCCAUCACUACACUCAAGAGUGGUGUAGGGUCAUGAACCACAGAUAUAUUUGUACAGAGACUAUAAAGGAUAUUUAUAUAUUUUCUUAACAUUUUUUUUUCUUGUGCCAUAAAAAGGAACACCUUACUACUCCCUUCAUUUCUUAGACUGCCAUUCAUGUUUUUGUAUAAAAGGAUUCAAGCAGCAUUAAAAAGGUAAAAUUGUACAAAUAUAUAUAUAUAUCUAUAUAGAUAUCUAUUUUUGCAAACCAAACACACUAAAUGCCUUAAAUGCAGAGAAAGUAAAAAGAUUGCUAUACCAAAAAUCAAGAGCAAGAAGGAUAUGUCUUAGACACCAUUCUUGGAAUUCAUCUGUAAUAAAUGAUGCUGCAAUAUGAUGCCCUGGCAGAGCCUGCACUGCUCAGCUCUUCUGUUGAUUUGAAUGGAUAAUGAAGUAUAACCAAUACAUGAUCAAUGUGAUUUUUUUUUUUUUUUUUCUGUCCACCUACGUGAGGAGCUGUAAUUUUCAUUUUCAAUUCUCUUGCCCUU